AUGUCGAGCCAGAACGCAACCGUUCAAGUGAGCGCAGGAUUCCCAGGGCCUCUGGCGGUCCUUUCGGAUACAGAAAACUACGGCGGCUACCCGACAUUUUGCGCCCUGCUGGUCAUCAUCGUGCUGGGCAAGUGGAAGGUCCGACAUGACUACAAAUCCUUGAUUCCCGUGAUGGUCUACUUUGAUGCCACCGGCCUGUUCCUCAACUGGAUUACGCCGUUCUUUGUCGACAUGACGGUGUGCCAAUCAAACUGGAUGUGGCUGGCGGGAGAUCUUCUGUUCGUUAUCAAGGACGGCCUUCGAUGCGGCUAUCUAAUCUGGAAGACUGUCGCCGUUACCGGCUAUAUCCCUCGCCAAUACAUCCAUGUGACUGUCUGGACCGCCAUUUUGAUCUCAUUUGCGCUGUACCACGCCUUUAUCUGGACCUCCUACAACUUUGUGGGCGAUUGCCAGGGGCUCUCACAUCCCCAAGCAUUUCAGGUGGUCCAGAUCGUGCUCUAUCUCUACUGGCUCUCGAUCGAUGCCUUCACGGCGACCUGCAUGAUCACGUUCCUGCGAGGACACAUCAAGAAAAUGAGCACAAUCAAAGUCAGCCAAAAGGCCGGCAAGCAGACGAUGAUUGCCAGAGUUCUUUCGCGAGAAAUCUGGAGAAUCUGCUGGGCGGCGCUGCUGGGCACGAUCACUAGCUCGUGCGCAAUCGCAGAGUUUGUGCUGCAGACCAAAGUACUGUAUCUCAGGGGAUCGAUCAUGUGCAUAUCCCAUUUUAUCUUGGUUCUGAGCGUUGUCGAUGCCCGCGGCGACGACGAUGGCUCAUCCACCUCGAGUCAAGGAGGACAGCCUGGCACUGUCAGCGUAACGGCCCGAGACACGACAGCCAACCGAGACACCGCGGUUAACAGGGCCUGA